AUGAUAGUUAAGAAGAGCAUUUCACCAAAGAGAAAAAGCUUGACUCCUUCAAUGUGUGAAGGAAGAUAAUAUUAAUAAAUCUUGAGAAAUAGUAAUCUUAAGACAGAGAGUUUGGAUAAUAGAUAUGUAUAUUCAAGAAAAGAUGAUUCAAAAAAAAAAUAGUAGAACAAUAUGAAUUCAAAGAAUAAUAAGUACAUUUAAAAUCAUAAAAUCUCCUUAAAUGGUUCUUAUAAUUUAAAAAAUCUAAAAACAAUAUAAAUAUCAACUAGAAAAUUAUCACUAUAAAAGUAAGAAAAAUAAACUAAUAAAUUAGUAAGACGAUGAUAAGUAGUACAACAAGUGAUAAUCAUUAAAUUUAAAAAUAUUUUCCACAUACAAUAACAAUUGCUCUAUAAAAUUGUGAGAGGUUGAUAAAAGAAUAAAAAUUAUAAGAAGCUAUGAGAGAAUUAGAUGAAAUAGAUAAUUCUAAUAUAAAUUAAGAAUACUAAUCAUAAAUAGCAUAUCUAAAAGGGAUGAUAAAUAUGCAGUAUUAAUUAUAUGAUAAGGCAAUAAUAAAUUUUUAAAGAUGUAUACAGUAAGGAGAUUUUAAUGGAAAUUCAGUAGUCUUAUUAUCAAUAGCUUUAGGAAAGAUUGGAAAUUAUAAUGAGGGGAUUAUAAUUUUAAAAGAUUUUCUAUCAAAAAAUUAUACAAGAUAAUCACCAGUCUAUUAUGAUGCAAUAAUAUAAAAGGGUAAGCUAUUAAUGAAAUUAAAAAAAUUUAAAUUAGCCAUGAAUGAUUUUAUGUUAGCAUCAGCUUUAGAAAAAGAUAUGAAUUUAUAUAAAGGCAAUUUAGGGAAGGGGGAUUGUUUAAGAUUAUGCGGAAAGUAUUUUGAAGCAUUAAUGAUUUAUGAAGGAUUACCAGAAAGCCAAUAGGUAUUGAUUAGAAAAGUGUAUUGUUUGUUAGAAUUAAAAUAGUUUGAUAAGGGAAUAGAGACAAUUAAUAAGAUUUUAAUAAAAGAUUCUAGUAGUUCUUAAGCUUUAUUAUUAAAGGGAUAAAUAUAAAAAAAACAAGGAUAAAUAAAUGAAGCAAUUUUAAGUUUUGAAUAAUCAUUGACAUAAAAUAAUAGUAGGAAAGCUGUAACUUAAUCAUUGUUAGAAAUAGCUAAAAUUAAGAUUGAAUAGAAAGACUUCUAUUCUGCUUAUUAUACAUUAUAAAGAGAUGAUCAUUUAGAAGUGAAUAAAACAGUAUUGAUUGAUCUAAAAUAAUUUACAGAAGGUGUAAUAUUUUUAAUGAAAAGGAAAUACAAGGAAGCUAUUAUUAUUUUAACUGAACUAAUAAAAACAGUAUAAUUAGGAUAGUUUGUAAACAAAAUUAUAUUUUUAUACAGAGCCUAUGGUAUUGAAAUUGAAAUAAAAACUAGGUUUCAUUUGUGUAAAUAAAUAUUAGAAGGCUUUAUAAGAUUUUAAUUACACUGAAAAUGUAUAUCCAUUAGAUUCGCCAUCUCUUUAUAAUAAAUUAAUUUGUGAAGGUAUUGUGAUGUCACAAUAAAAUUAAUUUAAAUAAGCUUAAUCAUUCUUUAAAAAGGCAUCUUAAUUAUAUCCUGGUAAAAUGGAACCUCAUCUUUAUAAAGCUCUUACUUUAAUCUAAUUUGUAAAUAUACAUUAACCAAAUGAAAAAGAUAAAUAUAUUAAAAUAGCCUUAAAACAUCUUGAUAAAGCUGUGACAUUAAAUGAUAGCAAUUCAAACCUUUUGUAUCAUAGAGGUAUAAUAAGAUUCUAUUUUGGUUAAUUGGAAUUAGCUCUAUAAGAUUUAACUACAGCUAUUGAAAACACUGAUGUAAGAAAUUCUAAAAUCUUAUAUGCAAGAGGAUUAGUUAGAGCAUGUCUAAAUAAUCCUUAAUAAGCAUUAAAAGAUUUUACUAUUUCAAUAGAUUGGGAUCCUAAGUUUUCAUCUCUCUAUUUAAAUCGAGCAAAAGUGUUUACAUAAUUACGUGAUAGAAAUUAAGCUUUUAAUGAUUUAUAAACAUAUAUCUCAUUAAAACCAAAAGAUCCUUAAAUUUAUUUAUGGGCAGGAAACUUAUUAUUCUUUAUGGGUGCUCAUUAAAGUGCUAUUAAGACUUAUUCACAUUCUUCUGAUAUAUAAAAUAAUCUCUAAUUAUUAAAUUCUAGAGCAUUAUGUUUUAUUAUUUAAAAAGAAUAUAAUUAAGCACUUAUUGAUUUGAGUAGAAUCUAUCAACUUACUGCAGAUGAAAGAUGGUAUAUUGAUAAAGAAUGUUUAGGUGCAUUACAUAUGGCAAUAACAAAAAUAACAUAUGAAUCUGAAGAGAUAUCUAUUAAUAAUUGCAUAUAAAACACAUAAAAAUAAACUAAUUUUAGAUUAGCUUCUCAAAUCUUAAAAUCAAUAAUCAAAUUAGAUAAUGAAGGAUAUUUGUUUAUGAAAUCUGAUUUAAUAUUUUAUAGAGGAGUCAUGAAGUUUUAUUAAGGUAAUUAUACUAAAGCAAUUGAUAAUUGGAAUAAAUCUUUUCAAUAAAAGUAACAAAAAAGAUUAUUUACUAAUUUAUCUAAUUAAUCAUCCUCAUCUGAAUAAUUUGAAAGAACAUUUACAGAAUUAGAGGAUUUAGAAUUCUAAGAUCUCACUUACAAUUUUUAUGAAUAUUAUUAUAAUAUUGCUGUUGCUACUAUUCUAGUAAUAUAUUUUAUUUUUAAUAGAAUAAUAAUUAUUCUGAAGGAAAUCAUAUACUUGAGGAUUUUGCCAAUUAAUUACCUUAAUCAUUCAGUUCUAAAUUCCAUUAUUUUAUAGAUGCUAUAAAAGCUUAAAAAAUGUAGAGUGUUUUUAUAUUUCCUCACAACAAUAGAUUAUCUCAAUCCUUUCCUUAAUUCAAAGUUGGCAAUGCAGAAACAAGAUUGUCAUUUGGUUUCCCUAAAUUACCUUCACCUUGUAUGAAUCCUGAAUUUGAUUAAGAAUUAUUAUAAUCCAUCUAAGUAACUUUAUUAUUUGAUUUAUAUGAGUUUAGUCUACUGAUGUUGAAAAUAAACCAGAAGCUCCUUGGAUUAAGAAGAAUCUUGAUGGAGUUAUUUUUACUGAAAAUAUUCAGCAUUUUGAAUUAGAUUUUAUAAGUGAAACUUAAAUAUCUUUAUUUCAUUAAAGUUAAGAAGAUUUAGAAGAAGAAAUAGAUAACAAUUCUCUUGGUUUAAAAAAAUCUACUCCCUAUAUAAGUAAUUGA